CGCUCCGCCGCACUCUCCGAAGCACCACGGAAGAAGAUGUCUAAGCGCACCUGACAGCUGUUUUUAGCUUGUUAGCAAAGGAGCUACUUCUCUAAACGCAUAUAAUCUGCCUUAUCGCUUCAGAAAGGACACGUUGUUUGAGGAUUUAAAAGUCCGCAAAGGCCCAGAUUCAGAAAGAAAGGCGAAAAAACAGCGCAGUCAUGCAGAUCACACUGAAGACGUUGCAGCAGCAGACCAUUCAAAUAGACAUCGACGAUGAUCAAACGGUGAAGGCGUUAAAAGAAAAGAUUGAGGCUGAGAAGGGGAGAGACAGUUUUCCAGUGGCAGGACAGAAGCUUAUCUACGCCGGGAAGAUCCUGCAGGAUGACACGCCCAUCAAAGAGUACAAAAUCGAUGAGAAGAACUUUGUGGUGGUGAUGGUGUCAAAGACGAAGUCUUCAUCAGCACCACCCGCCCCACCCUCAGAUCCACCCAAAUCUGCCUCUCCUCCCUCCUCUUCCUCUUCCUCUCCUCCCUCCUCUUCCUCUCCACCUCCCACUCCGGCCCCUGCUGCUAUUCCAAUUCCUAAAGAUGACAUCUCGGAUGACCCCCCUGCCUCCGUGUCCCCAACACAGAGUCCUGAACGUGGUACGAGCUCUGUGGCUGAUGGGGAAGAUGCAUCGUCAACAUUAGUGACGGGUCAGGAGUAUGAUGUCAUGCUCACAAAUAUCAUGUCUAUGGGCUACGAGAGAGAGAAAGUCGUGGCCGCGCUUAAGGCCAGUUAUAAUAACCCACACCGUGCUGUCGAGUAUCUACUCAAUGGAAUUCCAUCAGUCCCUGUACAGGAGACCAACCCUGCCCCAGCCCAGCUUCCCACCGACACCCCAUCCACAGAAGGUGAGAACCCGCUGGAGUUCCUGCGUUCUCAACCACAGUUUCAGAGCAUGAGGCAGGUGAUCCAGCAGAACCCAUCCCUGCUCUCGGCCCUCCUGCAGCAGCUGGGUCAGGAAAACCCAGAACUACUGCAGCAAAUCAGCCAGCAUCAGGAGCUGUUCAUCCAGAUGUUGAAUACGCCGGUUGCUGAGGGUGAGGUCGGAGAGGGGGCGGAGUUCGCUGACCUGGGUGCCAUCGUAGAUGAGGCGGCACCCAGCAGUUAUAUACAGGUGACGCAACAGGAGAAAGAAGCUAUUGAGAGGUUAAAAGCUCUUGGGUUUUCAGAAGCUCUGGUGGUUCAGGCGUACUUUGCUUGCGAGAAGAACGAGAAUCUGGCUGCCAACUUCCUGAUCAAUCAGAAUUUGGAAGACGAAUGAGAUCUGUGGAAAGCCCACCUGCCCGUUCCCCUUCCACUACACAAGCACUGCAUUACUUGGGACACCGGUUUUCCCCAUUAUUUCUUUGAGUUUAAGUUGAGGGGAGACUUGCAGACUGGGUGGGGAUGGGGCGGAUGCGAUCAAACUGAGAAAAAACAAAUUCCAAUGGAAUUGACGGUAUUUGGGUUGAAUGCACUCUGACGUGAUGCAGGGGGUGUGACUGCACGUGUGUGUUCCCUUAGGGAAUAUUUCACUAAAUUAGCAACAAUUGAAAGCAAACGCUGGCACAGUAGUAUUAUGGGAUAUGACGAGCAAGGUUAGAUGUAAGCAAGUAUCGCUUGUUUGUUUUAUUUUGGAAAAUGAUUAUUAAUAUAUGUCUAAUUUUAUAUAUUUCUCUAAUUCAGAGAUAGAUCUGUAUUUCUCCCAGCACACAGAUGAAUGUGAUGAUAUUAAAAUAUGAAAUUAGUCCAAUCCAGAUAAUAUCAGUUUUUAAACACCGAGUGUCUAACAAAAUGUGUCUGUUCUGCACAUGAUCUAAAUUCAUGUAAUUUUAUGAACGAGUCCAUGCCAUGUGGAUUAAUAUAACCUUGAGCCAUUAUUAUUACUGGUUUGAAUGUACUGGGAUGAAGUAUGAAAACUAAUUUUUAAACAAUUUGUUCAUCGCAUUUAACAUGAAACACUCUUUGCAACACUAUUUCUCUUAAUUUCCCGAACAAAAAAGAUUACUUUUAGUAGAUUUACAUAACAGAAUAGAGCCGGUUGGUGAAAAUAUAGGUAAAUUGUGGUAUAAGUAAUUUGAUUAUAGAUUUACCAAGAAUUGAUUUCUUUGGAAUUUCUAUAAUAAUAGUGUGCAAUGGUGAAUCGUGCGGCGUAAGAUGAAUGUGCAUUCAUUAAGUAAAUAGGGUUUACUUAAAUACUGACGUAAAAGCAUAUCUCCAUUUCCGUUAUCUUGUUGCAACAUUCGAGGAAAAUGUUUCUAUGUAAGUCAUAAACAACGCUAAGGAUUAGAGUGUUCAUCGGCUUUUAUUUACUGCAUAUGAGAGGACCAACUUGUACGAUUAUGUGGCAAAACACAAGUUUUGUCACACUAGAGCUUGCUUGCAUUAAAAAGCAGAGACCUGUUACAGCAUGAUGAUACUCUGCAAGACAUUGUAUGCAGUCAGAAUUAUAAUUUCCCUGAAUCAUAUCUGUGUAAAGCUGAUAAUGGGUUCUUUUGUUCAUGUAUUGAGUACAGUAAAGAUCUUCAGCAUUA